AUGGACAUCUCUGUGUUGAAGGAGCUCCUUCUGGAGGAAUCGCUGUGUGACGCCGUGAUCAAAGUUGAAGAUGGGGAGUUCAAAGCUCACAGGAUCAUCCUCUGCGGCCGCAGCUCCUACUUCAGUGACCUGUUCUGCAGCAACCCAACACAGAAGGUCUUCAGCUUCCCGGACGUGUCAGCAAAAGUGAUGAGCCUCAUCGUGGAGAACGCCUACACCGGCUCCGUCACAGUGACGGAGGACAACGUGCUGGAACUGUUGGCGGGAGCGCAGGACUUCGACGUCAAAACCAUCAUUCAGGCCUGCUGUGACUUCCUGCAGAAAAACCUCAGCUCCGACAGCAGCAUCGUCACCUGGAAGCUGGCAAAACACUCCCAGUAUCCCGAGCUGAGGGAGAAAGCCUGCCUUUACAUCCUGCUUCACUUCGAGGAGAUUGCGAGGUUCUCCCAGGAGUUCGUGCAGCUGUCUGUGGAGGAACUGACGGAUCUCAUAGAGAAGGACGAGCUGAACGUGAGGCAGGAAAGUGCUGUUUUUGAGGCCAUUCUCCGCUGGAUCAGCUUUGCCCCUGAGGAACGCAGGGGCCACAUGACCACAUUGCUGCCCAGCGUCCGCCUGCUCUUAAUGCCUAUUGAGUACUUGGUUGAAAUUGUGAGCAAAGAUGAUGUUGUAAGGAACAACCUGGACUGUGUGACUAUGGUGACCAGCACCGUGGAGAUCCUGCGUGACCCCAGCAUGGAGAGACCCCCCACACGCACACGCCUGCCCGCCGAGCUGCUGUUCACUAUCAGUGGCUUCCAGGACAAUCUUCCAAAUGAUGAGAUCGAGUUAUAUAAUGUGCGAACUGACCGCUGGCUGACAGCAUAUAAGAAUGAUCAAACUUUUCCAAAGUUCUGCGGUUGCGUUCACCUCCAGGGAUCCAUCUAUUUUAUUGGCGGCGGUGUCACCCGUUUCCACUUAAGCAACGUGCAAAUGUUCACCCUCGCCACCCAAAGUUGGCAAGAGGUUGGGUCGAUGCAUGAGCCUCGACGCUCCCUCGGUGUGGCCGUCCUGAACGGCUUCAUAUACGCCAUGGGAGGCUGGAAUGGCCAUGAGACACUCAGGUCUGCAGAGCGGUUCCAGCCCGACACCAACCAGUGGACUGAAAUCGCACCGAUGCACGAUCGGAGGGCUGAUGUUGGCGCUGCAGCUCUGCACGGCAAGAUAUACAUCUGUGGGGGAUUCAGCGGCGGGGAGCCUCUGUUUUCUGCCGAGUGCUACAACCCUGACACCGACCAGUGGACGCUGAUCACGCCCAUGGAAACGGCUCGGUCUGCAGCCGGGGUCGUCAGCUACAACGGACACAUUUACGUGGCUGGAGGCUGGGACGGCACCAAUCACGUGUCCACCGUCUCCGCCUACGACCCCGUAUCCGAGCACUGGUGCACGGCGGCCCCCAUGCUUCACGCACGCAGCCAGUUCGGCAUCGCCGUGCUGGAGGAGCAGCUGUACGUGGUGGGAGGCUUCCAGAAUGAGAACCCGCUGAUGUGCAGCAACGUGGAGCGCUACGACGGCGCCAGCGACAGCUGGCAGGCCGUGCGUGACCUCGACCAGACCUUCUUAGCCGUCAGCUGCUGCGUGGUGGAGCGGGUGCCGCACGCAGCGGCCUACCUGUCGUAA